AUGAGUUUCUAUUUCUUCUGUUUAAUAUCUGAUAGUUCUACUUCUCGGGGAUUUCAGGUUAUCCUAGCCAGUGCCAUACUCUUGGUGGCCGCAGCGCGCCCUCAACAUGGCGGCUAUGAGCACGCGUCCUCUUCACAAAGCCUAUUGCUGCACCACAGCGAGAAUGAGCAGCGCACCCAGCACAACCAGCAGGUGUACCAGCAGCGCGGCCAACAAGAGCAUCACGAGCACGAGGACUACUACGCGCAUCCAAAGUACGCGUACGAGUACUCGGUACAGGACCCGCAUACCGGAGACCACAAGAGCCAGCACGAGACCCGCGACGGCGACGUCGUGAAGGGCUUCUACUCGCUGCACGAAGCGGACGGCACCGUGCGCAUCGUCGAGUACGAAGUUGACAAACACAGCGGGUUCAACGCUGUAGUGAGACGCGAGGGCCACGCUAAGCACAUUGUCCCUGAACAGAAUCAGCAUUAA